ACGGCACGGACGCGCCCUCCUCCCUCUCUCCAUCCCUCCCUCCUUCCCUCCUCCCCUUCAGCGCAGGGGGGAGCGCACUGUGGAUGCUUGAACACUGGAGUACAGAGCUGCACCAACAAGGACAGGAGGAGGAGGGAGACACUUCGAGGAGCGGGACUUUGGAGGAGUAGAAAAACAAAAACCUGAAUCGCGUCAUUGAGGCGAAGAAGAAGAAGAAGAAGAAAAGAGGAGAAAAACUUGUGGGGAAAAUUCCGGUGCCAGCCUGAAACUCUGUGAGGUCCAAGGACAAGUUGUGUCGGGUCACCAUGGCGUCUCUGAUCCACUCUGCGCGUCUCAUCUUCGUGCCUGUUGCUCUGCUUCUGAUGCUGAGCCCGCGCCCCGUGGCUACGGCGUCAGCCCGGAGGUGUCACUUCAUCUACAAGGGUUUCGCUCAGUGUCUGAUGGCUCUGGGCGACAGUCUGACAGACAACGCACGCAAAGACGAGGACAUGCACGAGAUACACUCCAUCUGCAGGUCGUGGGAUGACUUCCAUGACUGUGCCAACGUGGCGAUGGCCGGCUGUCCGGAGGAAGCAGCAGCCGUGUGGGAGUCUCUGCGACAGGAAUCCAAAAAGAUGCAGUUCUCUGGGAACCUCUACGACAUGUGCUCCAACCGGAACAGCCACCCAGUCUCCUCGGUGUCCUCGCGCGGCUCGUCCAACCAGGGCGAGAUCAACCAGGAGUCUCUACGAGGCCACGCUGCUCGCCUGACAGGCCGCCUCCACUUUCUCAUGCUACUCUCUCCUCUGCUGCUGCUGCUGCUGUUUUGGAUAUAACCAACGUUAAAGAAGUGGGACUCAUGUGAAUAGAUGUAAACUUUGUGUAUCUUUUUCCCGUUCCACACGUCCAUGGACUCUCCACUGUGUUUUCCUCUGCCCUGCCAGAGGCUGAAUACGUCUAACUGCAUGUUCAGAGGCCAGAAAGCCCUUUUGAUAAUGUAUCUGUCAACUGCCUGUGCUGUUUCAUGCAUAUUCUCUGCCUUUAAAUUAGUCUUUCUGUCUCACACACACACACACACACACACGCAGCUACACAACCACUGUACAAACAGGCCUGCAAACACAUGCAUAGUUAAACAGAUGCAACCAGCAGCCUCAUGUCAUCUGUCCUUAUCUCCUAUGCCCUUAAAUCUACUUAGUGCAAGCUUGUAGAUGCUGGUUCCCGCAGGAGUCAACAUUUGUCCUCUUUUAAUGAGCCGGAAAAGUGGGGGAGAUGAAGAUGCCACGGGUCGUUCCUGCUUCAUAUUUGUUUAUCGUCUCUCGCUCAACUCUGUGAUAAACGGUGACACACCUGGUUUAUCACUCGCUCCGGCGCAGUCUCGUCUUCUCCAUCAUUUUCCUCUCUCUCUUGUCUCCGAGGCCCGCUGCUGUCAAAGCUCCUGUUUCUGUGACUGACAACAGCAGCAGAAAAGUUCCAAACUGUUUCUCAAAUGUCAGAAUAGACAGAGAGUUUGAUAGGGAUGAUUUUCCAGAAAGGGAGGAGGUGUGAUGAGACGCAUAAUUAACCUGAAAGUGAACACAUUUACAUUGUUUUUGGGGUCGCUGCAUUCAAAGCCGGGGUUAUUAUUCGUUCCCUGACAACUUGUAAUGUUGCAAAUUGGACCUUUAAUAGAUUUUGUUUUCAAUUUUUAGCAACGCACAACCAUCCUGCGCUAGAGACUAGAGGCGUUUAAUGAAUUUUGUGUCUGUCAAGACUCUGCGCUCUGUGCAACACAAUAUUUGAAUCCAGCGAGAGAAAAAAAAGACCAGAAAGGCUGAGAAAGAUAAAAUAGAGAAGAAGUCAAAAUAAAUGUUUCCCCUGAACAACUUAAGACCGUCCCACACGAAAGGAUUUUCAAAUCUGACUUGAUUUUAAAAGCAUUGGGAGACCAAAGGCACAACAAACUUGAAGAUUUCAGGGAGGAGAUUCCAGGGAAUCGCAGAAACUCGACUCGCUGUCGUUGGUUAUCGAGUGUUCUGCUCACGCCUCCGCCAAAUCACUGUUUAGUCGUAAAUAUCAGACACGUUUAAUCCAAUGACCUUAAAAUCCAGGAUAAUUUGGCCAGAUAAUCUGUUCAAAUCAGAAGGCACCCCCGAUUGUUGGAAGGGCCAGAUUGGGAUUGAAACCUGGCCAAUGAAUUCUCUAGCGUGGAGCAGACUUUAGCGAAAACAAGUACUGAAAAUCUACAGUCCGUAUGAGCAAUAUACGACUUCUCUAAUGCAGAGUUUCUCAAUCCUG